CACUAAACAUGCAACCUAGAGAAUUAUUAAUUGUUAUAGGUCCUGUUGGAUCAGGGAAGACGUCUUUACUAAUGUCAUUGUUAAAAGAGAUUCCAAUUACUUCUGGUGAAGUAUCUGUAAAAGGAAAGAUUGCUUACGCUUCUCAAGAAGCUUGGGUGUUCAACGCAACUAUCAGAGAAAAUAUCUUGUUUGGAGAAGAAUAUCAAGAAGACAAAUAUAGAAAAAUCUUGCAUAUAACGGCACUAGAAAAGGAUAUUAGCUUAUUUCCUAAAAGAGAUCUGACUAUUGUAGGAGAAAGAGGAGUUAUAAUGAGCGGUGGGCAGAAGGCAAGAAUUAAUCUAGCGAGAGCGCUAUAUGUGGAUGCCGAUAUUUUCCUCCUGGAUGAUCCACUGAGUGCUGUUGAUGUUCCAGUGGCAAAACAUAUCUUCGAAAAGUGUAUAAUGCAAUAUUUGAAAGACAAGAUUUGCAUUCUAGUUACGCAUCAAAUUCAAUUUUUAAACCCUGCAUGCAAAAUAUUAGUGUUAAAGAAGGGCAAAUGUGAAUUCAUUGGAAAUUUUAAACAAUUGGAAAAUUUACAAAUGAAUACAGGAAUAUUACUAAAGGAAAAAGUCUCUGAAAACAGCAUUAAUUUAGAGAGUGCGGGUUUUUACGAUGAUGAUGAUAAAAUUGGAAGUUAUCAAUGUGAUACGAAUGAUGAAAUUGAAGACAGAAACAAGAGUAAUGAGAAUGGAAUUUAA